AUGGAGGACACUUACAAUAACAGGACUUCCCUGGUUAAGGGGGCCAAGGGCAUGGUCAAGGAGGCCAAGCGGCACGCAACAAAGAAAGUCAACAAAGUCGUCGAUCGCGCUACGGACGAAUACUCAACUCAUCGCAACUACAGCCGAUUCCAGGACGAGGAAGACGAGGAUGAGGAUUUCUACAGGAACCCGCCGAGGCAGGAUGGAGAGGGUUACCACGACAACGAGGAAGGCUCCAGCGAUGCCACGGAGGGCCAUGAUGAUGAGGAUGAGAUCUACGAGGGUGAGUACCAGGGGAUCCCAUCGGCAGGAGACGGGAAGAAGCAUAAGGAGGGCCAGGUGGCGGUGGGACAACCGGUGUCAGACUCCACAAGGGACCGUAAGGAUCUGGAGCAGGAGAGGCAGGCGGAUGAGGAGGAGCUGGCCCAGCAGUACGAGCUGAUCAUCCAGGAGUGUGGCCACGGGAGGUUCCAGUGGCAGCUGUUCCUGGUACUCGGGCUGGCGCUCAUGUCAGAUGGGGUGGAGGUGUUCGUGGUGGGCUUUGUGCUGCCCAGCGCCGAGACAGACAUGUGUGUCCCCAACUCCAGCUCUGGAUGGCUCGGAAGUGUUGUUUACUUGGGGAUGAUGGUUGGAGCGUUCUUCUGGGGAGGGAUGUCUGACAAAGUGGGCCGCAGACAGUGCCUCCUCAUUUGCAUGUCCACGAAUGGCUUCUUUGCCUUCCUGUCAUCUUUUGUCCAGGGAUAUGGCCUCUUCCUUCUUUGCCGUCUCGCUGCGGGUUUCGGGAUAGGAGGCGCUGUGCCCAUCGUUUUCUCCUUCUUUGCCGAGGUGUUGUCCAGGGAGAAAAGAGGAGAACACCUCAGUUGGCUGUGUAUGUUCUGGAUGAUUGGAGAGAUCUAUGCAUCUGCUAUGGCCUGGGCCAUCAUACCACACUACGGUUGGAGCUUCAGCAUGGGUUCAGCGUACCAGUUUCACAGUUGGAGGGUGUUUGUCGUCGUCUGCGCGCUGCCCUGUGUGUGCGCUGUGGUGGCGCUUACCUUCAUGCCCGAAAGUCCCAGGUUCUACCUUGAGGUGGGGAAGCAUGAUGAAGCCUGGAUGAUCCUCAAACAGAUCCACGACACCAACAUGAGAGCGCGUGGGCAACCGGAGAAAGUCUUCACCGUAAACAGGAUCAAAACCCCCAGACAGCUGGAUGAAUUGGUUGAAAUGGAAUCAGAAUCUGGCAACCCAGUUUCCAAGUUUUUCUUUAGGAUAAAGGCUGAAGUACAUGGGAUCUACCUGAACCUUCUGAAGUGCUUCAACUACCCGAUGCAAGAGAACAUGAUGCGACUGGCCAUAGUGUGGUUCACACUGUCAUUUGGAUAUUACGGCCUCUCAGUCUGGUUCCCUGAUGUCAUCAAACACCUUCAGGCGGAUGAAUACGCCUCCAAAGUGCAGAUCCACACCAACGAACGCAUCGAAGGCUUCACCUUCAACUUCACCCUGGAGAACCAGAUACACAAAAACAGCCUCUUCAUUAAUGACCAGUUCGUCAACAUGAAGCUGAAGUCCGUCACCUUCAUUGACUCUACAUUUCGUAACUGCUACUUUGACGAUGUGACGUCGGUGGGCUCCUUAUUCAGAAACUGUACUUUUGUUGACGCUUUCUUCUUCAACACAGAUAUCGAUGAAUCCAAGUUGAUAGAUGGCACAGAGGUGAUCAACAGCACGUUCACCCACAACAAGACGGGAUGCCAGAUGACAUUUGAUGAUGACUACAGCGCCUACUGGGUUUAUUUCAUCAACUUCCUGGGGACUCUGGCUGUUCUUCCCGGGAACAUUGUGUCCGCACUUCUCAUGGACAAAAUUGGGCGCCUGUCCAUGUUGGGUGGCUCCAUGGUCCUCUCAGGCAUCAGCUGUUUCUUCUUGUGGUUUGGCACCAGUGAGUCCAUGAUGAUUUUCAUGUUGUGCCUUUACAAUGGCCUGAGCAUCUCUGCCUGGAACUCCCUGGACGUGGUCACGACUGAGUCCUUCCCAACUGUCAGGAGGGGGACAGGUUUUGGGUUCUGCAAUGCUCUGUGUAAGCUGGCUGCCGUCCUGGGAAACCUGAUCUUUGGUUCUCUUGUGGGCAUCACUAAGGCCAUCCCUAUCCUCAUGGCCUCUUCUGUGCUCGUCGGUGGAGGCCUGGUUGGACUCCGGUUGCCUGACACCCGGGCGAAUGUCCUCAUGUAA